AUGGAUGAAGAUAAUAAUGAUAGAAUAGAAUUUUUAUUUUGGAAAGUUUUUAGAAAUAAAUAUAUAUUUAAUGAAAUUUUUUAUAUUAUUAAAAAUACAGAAUGGGUCCAAUAUAUUGAUCCAUCUGAAAUUAAUAUUGACAAUAAGUGUAGUAUUAAAGAAACCUACUCAUUUGAAUUGAUGAUAAAAAAUAAAUUAUUUGAAGUCUUAAUUGAAAAAAUCAAAUUAAAUGAAUAUAUUGAAAUUACAAAAGAAUCAGUUAAAUCAUUUUUUUUAUUAUUUUUAAAGAGAUAUGAUGAUGAUAAAAUUAUUGAAAGAUCAAAUUUAAAAGAAACUGAAAAGAAAAAUCAAUUUGAAGUUCAAAAAAAAGUUGAAAAUCAAAAAUUGAUAGAAAUAUUUCAAUUGCUUUUAAAAAAUAAAAGAAAUCAAUUUGAAUGUUGUGAUUUAACAGAAUUAGCAAUUGAAUAUGAAAAUGUUGAAGCACUUAGAAUUUUAACGAAUCAACCAUACAAUUUAUUUGUUAAAGAGUCGUCUUUUGAAUUGGCAUUUAAAAAAACAAAAAACUUGACAAUUGUUAAAGAAUUAUUAAAUUCAACACGUGCUUUAAUUAAUGAUAAUUAUGGUUUUGAUUUCAUAACAAAUGAAUUUAAAAUUACAUCAUUAUCACUUGCAAAUGAAUUGGAAUUUAUGGAAUUCAUAUUAGACAAUCCAAUUCUUUAUUCAGCGCCAACAACAGAGCCACCACCUACACCACCACCCAGACCAUCACUUUUCGAAGCAUUAACUCAAGUGAAACCUAUAAAACAAAAAGGUUACCAAUUCAUUGAAUUAAAUCAUUGUACAAGGUUUUUAAAUUCUUUUAAAGUAAUUAAAAAGUUAAUUGAUUUAAAUGUUAUAUGUAAUACAGAAAAUGAAAAACAUGCUAUAAUUUCUAAAAUAAAGGCAGAUUGCUCAAUGGAAACUCUUUUAUCACUUUCAAGUUUAUAUAUAAGAUUUUAUAGUUGUGAAAAAGAAAGUGAAAUUAACACCAAGUAUUUACAAGAACAAUUAGAAUUGAUUUAUGCAAGAAAUGAAAAAAAGGCAUUAUUAGAAUUUUUUAUUAAAGAUUUAAAAAUUAAUUUUAGUAAAAUAUUUUUUAAUCAAUUUCAAAGUAUGUAUAAUUGUGAAGUUAUUAGAGAUACUACUACAAAUGAAAUUAUCGAUUUUAAAUAUUAUGUUGAUGAUAUAUAUAUGGAUGAACAAAGAAAUGAGCUAUACUUUAAUUCAAUUUUAAAAUGUGAUAUUGAAACUUUAAAAAAAAUAGAUUCAUUGGACUUAAUAGCUUCAGUAGAUAAAACCAUUUGUCUAUUGUUAAAGAAUGGUUUACCAAAUAUGACAAAUGAAGAUGGAAUGAAAGUUUUAAACUAUUUAAAUGAUAAUGGUUUUAAAAGUUUUGAAGUUAGUGGUGAAUUGUGUCUAUUUUUAAGACAUUUUUUAAUAAACAUUAUCAUCCCACCAAAUUUCAAAUUAAAUCUUCAAUUAUUCUCACAAACUGAUAUCAACCAUAGAUUUUUAAUUUAUGUUUUUUCAUUAAGUUUUAAAUCACUAAGACUUUUUAUAAAUAGUAUGGAUUCAAUCUCAACAAUUACAAAAUUAAAUAUACGACACAACAAUACCGAGAAAUCCGAUGAAAUCUUUGAUAUAUACCAACAAAUCCAAUAUUAUUGUCAUGAUAAUGGUUUUAUUGAUAUAGAUAAUUUCAUUGAAAUUAUUGAAUUGUUUUUAAAGAAAUUUCAUAAGAAUAAUAAUAAUAAUAAUAAUAAUAAUAAUAAUAAUAAUAAUAAUAAUAAUAAUAAUGGUUUUGAAGAAUCACUUGAAGAAGAUGCAGAUACUGAAGAUUAUGUUAUUACUAGGAUUUUAAAUUUUUUCUUUUUAAUAUUAAUUAAAACCAAAGGUGUUAAAAUUGAUCAAGUUAGAUAUGUCCAUAAUUUAUUAAGUGAAUACUCAAUUACAAUUGAUCAUGGUAUAUGUCAUGUUUUCUUUUAUCUUAAUAUUAGAUCUCCAAAAUUUUCAAAGUAUAUUAUCAAUUUACCUGGUAUAAAAGUUUUUAUUGAUAUUUUUAAUCGUGGAGUUUUAAAUGGUAGUGAGUUUAGUGGUAAUAAUAGCACUCACACUGUUUUUGGUGUUAAUUUAUUUAAAUGUUUUAAUUUAAAUGAUUUCUCAUUUGAUUAUGUAAUUGGGGAAAAUGAAAACCAUGAAAAAGUUGGCUCAUUCCUUGACAUUUUAAAUAAAUUAAUUGAAUCAUUUUCAAUUAAUUUAUAUAACCAUGCUUUUUCAAAUAAUUCAAAAACUUCUCUAAAAUCUGAUUAUUUCCACGACCAAUUCAAUUAUGAUUUACAAUUCCUUUUAGAAAUUAGAAGAGUUGAUUCAUUCUUUAAAUAUUUACAAUGGAUACAAUUAAAUUGUCAACAUUAUCAAAAUAUUAGAAAUGAACAAUUCACUUAUAAUUCACCAUUUCAUUUAAAGAAACCUACUAAAAAUGAUCAAUUUGGUUCAUCAUCACCACCACCACCAUCUCAUUCAACAUUUUCAACUCAAUGGAAUAAUGAUGAUGAUGAUAAUAAUAAAUUAAUAUUUUUUAAACCAUUAAAUACUAUUAAUCAAUUUAAAUUAUCAAAAGAUGUUUUAUAUUAUUCAUGUAAAAUAAUGAAAAUUGAAGAAAUUAAGAAAUUAAUUGAAUUAAACUAUUAUUCAAACAAUUUCAUUGAUAUCUUAUUUCAAAAUUCACUACUUUGUCAUAAAUUUGAAAUUUCAAGAUACCUAUUGGAUAAUUUCAAUGGGAAUAUUCAACUCAGUAAUAGUAUUAUUGGUUUUUACCGAGGAGAAGAAAUCUAUAGCAACUAUAGAAAUCUAAAGUUCAUGCACGAAAAUUACCAUGAUUUAAUUUCAAAUAAUCACGUUUUUGGACCCACUCUAGCUUUUCAUUCUAUGGAUUCAAAAUUCAAUAUUGAAUUUAUGAAUCAUUUAAUUUAUGAAGUAUCAAGAUAUAAUCAUUUUUAUUCAACAAUAAUUAAUGGUGAUAAUCUUAAUUCAAAAAUCGACAUAUUCAAAGAAUUAAUCCCAGGAAUUUAUAAUACUAUUAAUCGAUCACAUGAAGAAGUAUUAAAUGAAGAAAAUGAGUAUGCUGAUAAUAGUGAAGAAGAAGAAGAACAAGAAGAAGAAAUUGAUGAUAAAAAUGGUAAUAAUAAUAAUGAUAAUGAAGAAGAUGAAAAUGCUCAUAAUCAUAAUAAUGAUAAUAAUGAAGAUAUAGAAUUUAAUGAUGACGAUGAUAAUAAUAAUGAAGAUAUAGAAUUUUAUGAUGGUGAUGACGAUAAUAGUGAUGAUGAUGAAAUGGAAAUUGAUGAUUCUAGAAGAUUACCAUUAGAGAUGUUUUUCAUUCAACCAAAUAUUCAACAAAUUUUGAAAUCAUUAGUUGAUCAACAUUUAAAUUCAUUAAUUUCAAAAAGAAAAAAUCAUUUAUUUAAAAGUUCAUUUAUUAGAGGUGAUGUUGAACUAUGUGAUCUAAUUUUAUCAUACUAUCCAAAACAAUUUAAAAUCACCACUGAUGCAAUUUCUGGCGCUUUUUAUCAAAACUCAACUCAUAUCAUAAACUAUUACCUUAACAUUGAAAAUUGUAAUAAUUUAAAUAACAAUUUCAUUAAUGAUAAAGAUUUACAAACUUACUUGCAGAAUAAAUCUAAAAAAAGUAAUAUCUAUUUUUUAAAAAAAAAAUAA